GGCACCGAUGCGCAGGAGGGUGUUUGUUCAGCAGGUUGCGGCGACCGUAACUAUUUCUCAACGACGUAUAAAGCGAUAAAGAUAAAUUGAAGUGACAAGUUUGUGUAGAAGAAAUUAAAAGCGAACGUUUCGCGUGUUUUCCCCGACCUGACGCGCUGGAGUUCCUUUGUUUUUAUUAUUUAUUACUGAACAACUCGAUUGAACCACCUGCGGCAAAAAUGACAGACGCACCUGCCAGCAAUAGCUCUGGCCCAGGAACAGAUUUUGACAUGAUGGCCGCCCUUGAUUGGAAGGAUGGCAUCGCUACGUUACCGGGCAGUAACAUCAGGUUUCAGAUAACAGAAUUUGGGACGCUUGAUAUGGUAAUGGAUGUGGAGCCUAAAGACAAAGAAGAGGAGUCUUCAUGCCCCCAGUCAGAGACCACACACGCUAACGGCUCAACGGAGCCACCCAACCAUUCAAAGCAGUCAGAAACAGCAGCAGUACGUGCAUAUGAUGUGGCAGCUCUGUCUGGACUGCAGACGCAGACGGGUAGCUCCAUCAAAGUGAGCGCCACCAGAGAGGAUCGCUCUAACGUAGACAUGGCCAGCUGUAAGUCCUGUGGCCACUCUGGUUCACGGGACUCUUUUGUCCAGGGGAAAUUCUGCAGUCCCGGUUGUGUACAACCCAGCAGUGGAAGGUCAACUCCAGCUGAUCCAGGAGAAGGGGAACGUUUAGGUAAACGAAUUCGGAAGAAAAAAAAGAUGUUUAUGGAAUCUGAAGAUGAUGAGGAAGACAACAUUGAGGAAGAGGAGGAGAAGUUUAGAGUCUCAAAAGGCAGAAAAGCAGCCAAACUUGCCAGAUUGGUAACAGCUGCACCCACGAAGAAGAAGGCUUGGAGUUGGCCGGCCUAUCUAGAGGAAGAGAAAGCAGUGUCGGCCCCCUUAAAAUUGUUUAAAGAGCACCAGGCCUUACCUCAGAGCAGAAACGCGUUUAAGGUUGGAAUGAAGUUGGAGGGCCUGGACCCCUGCCAUCCUGCCUUCUUCUGUGUGCUUACUGUGGCAGAGGUCCAGGGUUACAGAAUAAGACUUCAUUUCGAUGGUUAUCCUGAGUGCCAUGACUUCUGGGUGAAUGCAGAUUCGUGGGAUGUGAAACCACCAGGCUGGUGUGAGAAGAUGGGCCUCAAGCUGCUGCUACCAAAAGGGUGCAAAGAUGGAGAGUUUAAUUGGAACACUUAUGUUAAGAACUGUAGAGGCCAACAGGCACCCAAACAUUUCUUCAAAAGUCUUAAUACCUCAGUGACCCCCUCAGGCUUCCGUGCUGGGAUGAAACUGGAGGCUGUCGACAGGAAAAACACAUCACUAAUCUGCGUAGCCACAAUUUCAGCCGUCGUGGAUAACCGGCUCCUCAUCCAUUUUGAUAACCGGGACGAUACAUAUGAUUACUGGUGUGAUGCCAGCAGCCCAUAUAUUCAUCCAGUGGGAUAUUGUGAGGAAGCAAACUUAACACUGACCACACCUGCAGAGUACAAGCAGCCAAAAAGUUUUUCAUGGGAGAAAUACUUGGAGGAGACCGGAUCCCAAGCAGCACCUGCUAGAGCCUUCAAACAGAGACCUCCACAUGGCUUCCAGAUAGGGAUGAAGUUGGAGGCAGUGGACAGGCGCAACCCCAUGCUCAUCCGUGUUUCCACUAUAGCAGACACAGAUGACCACAGGGUCAAGAUCCAUUUUGAUGGUUGGAGUGAUGAAUACAAUUACUGGGUGGAUGCCGAUAGCCCUGAUUUGCAUCCUGUUGGAUGGUGUCAAAAGACGGGUCAUCCUUUGCAGAACCCCAGUAGUUCUAGUGAUCCCCAGGUCCCCCCAGGACAAGGCUGUCCUACUCCAGGAUGCAGUGGGGUGGGACAUAUCAAAGGACCUCGCUAUGGAACACAUUACACGGCCGUCAGCUGUCCCUACUCAGAGCUGAAUCUGAAUAAGGAGGGACUGCUCCCCGACAGGCUGAGUGGAGAAAGGCCAGUGACACUGAGUGGACCUCCACGUCACAGACGCACAGAAGCAGUCGCACAGACUCCCUCUACCACACCCACAGCCAGCAAUCCAGAAACCAAUGACAACACGGACAUUUCCUCACCAGCCAAGCCUGCCACUGCAGCCAAGUGCACAAAGUCGAAUCAGGUGAAGCAGGAAGGAAAUGGAAAAGUAGACUCAUUGCAGCAGUUCUUGCAUGACUCUGUGUUUUGUGGCUGGGAGCCACCCAAGUUUCAGCACUGUUGGGAGAAACAUGGCAAACUAUUACCUGAAGCACUUGGUCUCAGCGCAAAGACAGUGGCCAAGUGGAACACAGAAGAGGUUGCAACUUUUGUGAGAAAGCUCCCAGGCUGCAGGGAACAUGCUGCCAUUUUCAGGAAUGAGCAAAUUGAUGGUGAAGCCUUCCUUCUUCUUACCCAGUCUGAUAUUGUAAAGAUCCUCAGUAUCAAGCUGGGCCCUGCUUUGAAAAUUUAUAACUGCAUCCUUAUGCUGAGGAGUGUGGAUGAGGAAUAACGCACCCAUGCCCUAAAAACCUUUGUAACUCUUCUGUACUUUUAAGUAACCACAAAGCAAUCAUUUUUUCCUUAUCUUUUUUUCUUAUCCAUGUCCCAACUAUUGUGACUCUUCCUUACAGUGGUGAUUAGUCCACAUUGUAUGUAGUCACUGAAGAGUGCCCUACAAUGAACAAGUACUUCAGAAAAUUGAAAAGACUGGAAUUUUAUCUGCUUAAUUAUCCUGUUGUAGAAGUGCUGGGCAUCAGAAUGUACAAGUUGGGUAUACAUAUAAAGGUCUUUGGAGGACUAUGCUGCUAAACUGGCACAACAUUUCUUGUCUUUUCUUUGUUUUUCUUGUAUUAUCUGUAUGUAAUCCUAACUGCAAUCUGUUACUUUAUUCAAAAGUUAUUUGAUGAUUUGAUGCCUAUUAACUUAUUGCUAAUUUGAUUUUUUUUAUUAACUUUUUGGACUCAAAAGUGCAUGGUUUUGAGGCACUGCAAUAUCAAUGCAUUGUUGUAUAUUAUUAUUAUGAUGAUUAUUAUGAUUAUUAUUAUAUAAAUAAUUGGUUUAGAAAAUGUGAAAGAAUUACGCAUUGGAUCUUUUACUUGAAAUGUACAAAGUAAUUUUUAAAUUAAUGCAAAAACAGACUUUUGUAUAUGAACCCACAUCACAUUCACAAUGGUCAGGAUGGAUGGAUGCAAGACCACUAGGAUGAGCGAUAUGCUUGUGGGUGUAUGUGCUGAUGUGGGUGUGUCUGUGUAAUCCAGAGAGAAAGAGACUGUAUAUGUUUUUACUUUGCAGCAGGGAAUAUCUUAGUUCAGUCUGAUUUUAAAAAGAAUGUCUAAUUUGCUAUGUAGUAGUGUCGAAAGUGUGCUUUGUGAAAUUCUUUUAAAAUUGUGUACAUUAAUGUACAGUAAACUAAUGUGUGUGUAUUUUGAUUCUUGAGCUUUUGCGUUUAUGUGAGAGAGAAACUUGACUUAAAGGCAGAUCCCAUUGAAAAAAAGCUGAAAUGUAAGCUGUAAUGCUUGAUUCCUAACUGAUUAAAUAAAACAAGCUCUGAGUUACAGCUUAAAACA